CUAUGCGUGUUCCUAAUCUUUCCCAAUUAUCUACAAAGCAGAGAUACCCCUAACAUCAAAACCCAACCCUAGCCGGCACUCUCUCUCUCUCUCUCUCUGAAGAAGAAGAAGAAGAAGAUGUCGCACUUUGGAAGAUCUGGGCCUCCAGACAUCAAGGACACCUACUCUCUCCUCGUCCUCAACAUCACCUUCCGAACCAGUGCAGAUGAUUUAUUCCCCCUCUUCGAGAAGUACGGCAAGGUCGUCGAUGUCUUCAUCCCCAGAGACCGAAGGACUGGUGAUUCACGAGGUUUUGCGUUUGUUCGGUACAAGUAUGCUGACGAAGCCCAGAAGGCGGUCGACAAGCUCGAUGGACGAGUUGUUGAUGGCAGAGAGAUAAUGGUUCAGUUUGCUAAGUAUGGGCCGAAUGCUGAGAAAAUUCAGAAAGGGAGGAUAGUAGAAUCAGCAUCAAGGUCAAAAGGCAGCUCAAGAAGCCGGAGUCCUCGACCAAGAUACAGGGAUGAAUACAGGGACAAGGAUUAUAGGAGGAGAAGUCGCAGCAGAAGCAGGGAUAGAUAUGAUCGUGAUCGGCACCGGGGAAGGGAAAGAGAUUAUCGUCAUCGAAGCAGGAGCCGCAGUGCAAGUCCUGAUUAUGACAAACGCCGUGGGAGAGGUAGAUAUGAUGAUGAGAGGCGUAGUCGGAGCCGUUCUUAUGAAAGUGCCUCCCCUGCUCGUCGUACCCCUAGUCCUCGGAGGAGCCCCUCUCCUCGCAGGACACCUCCAUCUAGGGGUGGGAGUCCUGAUGGACGCAAUCACAAAGAAUGCUCACCUACUCCAAAAAGUGUGUCUCCACGUGGUAGACCUGCUGAUUCUCGAAGCCCUUCCCGACAUUCCGAUGCUGAUGAAUAGGGAGUGAUAUAGUAUGUGAUGAAUCUUCAGCUCGUAUUCUACUCGUUGUACUGUGUGUAGUUGAAACUGCUGUGGGGGAGGACAUCUUGAGAUUUUCAAUGUUAUUAUCGAAUCAUUGAAUGCUAGAAUUGAUUGCUCAGGGCUGAUAUUUAAGGUUGACUAUUUUGUUGUACUUGAUGCAUCCUUAAGUUUUGAUGGUACUGUUGCACUCCAGUUUUCAUGGGUUGGCUGCAUUUUUAAUCUUUCUUUGUUCUUCUACCUUGUUUUUAAAACAUAUUUAAUUUUGUUUGCAUCUUUGUUAAUAUCAAUUCAGAUAACUGAGCUUUUUUACUUGUGAUGGACCAUGUACUGGCCUUCUAUAUUGUGUCUGGGAAAAGUGAAUGUGGCUGACUUGCUGAUGAUGUAGCAGCUGUUGAUGCUGUGUUUAUUUUGCGGUUGGUUGAUAACAUUUCUUGCUGGUUGCGAAGUACGUUGUUUUUUACAAAUUUUCUCUGAUGAUGUCAUCAUUGGCAGUCUUAGUAGCAGUGAUGACUUAAAAGAUGGUUGCUGCCCACAUGCUUUAAGAUGUAGCUGAUGCAGUUAAACUGCUGGACCAGAUAUACCAUAGUGCCGAUUUUAAUAUGAACCUGCUUGAGCUGGAUAUUGUAGCAUGAGGUUGGACAUGGUGACAUAGUUACAUACUUUUUACCAAUGUUUGCACAUGAGGUCGUGAAUGUAUAUGUGAAAUGAUAGCCAAUAUCUUCAUACAUCGGUUGUUGCUGCACUUCUUGCUGAUAACUUUUGAACCUGGUCUUACCAUUUUUCGUGUUGAUGAGUGAUGCUUGGUUUGGUAGCUGUGGUGCUCCAGUAGCUGUGCUUUGUUUCAUUGCCUUCCAGUACAUCGUGCUGAUGCUGAAUUUUAAGUUUUGGUUUCCUAGUCCAUUGCAUUGCUCUUGAAGGUAUUUUUUUGCAGUCAUCCAAUAUUUUGUCGUCUUUGUUGCCUGUUUUGUGCAUAUUUGGAUUAUGUAUCUGUUUAUUUUUUAAUUGCAUUUUGUUGAAUCUGAUUACACUUCAAUUUGUGUGGAAGCUUUUUAGCUAUGGCAAUUUUAUAUCAUUACAAUGAUGAUAGCAUAUCCAACAAAUAUUCAGCAAGGCUCAUGGUUCACUUUGUAGUUGAAGUUUUUCACUGGGUUAAAACUUAACAACUCUCUGUAGCCAUUGUUUUGUUGGCUUUCAGGCUAGCAUUAUGGUCUGUGCUUUCCUCUCCUUUCAUCCUAAUAGCUGUUGACAUGAAAACUGGUGUUCAAUUAUUGUCAUUAUUUUUCACUUGGGUAAUACUUGUUACAGGGGAAAUCAUUUCUGGUGGAGAAAUCACCAAAAAAUGUUCAGGAGGAACUCCUAUUAAGGGGGAGGGAAAGGGUUCUGACCAUUAAUGAGUGAAUUUACUAAAAUAGCUUUGUGGACUUCUAUCAACCAGCUGUCUAUUGGGUCUGUCAUCCAUCAAUAUUUUUUAGUGCAAAAUUAGCUCUUCAUCUCUGUUUUUGUUAUUCUCUUAAUACUGGUCCUUUGAUUGCUGCUUGAGGAAAAUAUGCAAAGCCUCUUCUCAAAUGUAAGGUUGCGUUGAGAACCGAUGUCAAUCUCGUCUCUCUUCACAGCUAAGAUGAGGAGCAAAGCAGAAACAAGCCAUGCAACAGGGUUGCAAUUUCCUCUCUAUUUCAAAUUUUAUUUUGUUGUACCUGUCUCAGAUCCAAGUUGGAACCACUCAUUGAACUGCCUUUUUCUAGGAGCAAAUAUUCUAGGUCCAUUCCUGUAUCCCUGUAUUGCUUGUGAAAGCCUAGUCUUUUCUACACCUUCAGAACAAUAUAUCUGUGAUGUUCUUGAUCUUGAAGCAAUUGGAUUUGACAAGCAAUAGGCUUUUUGUCAAAAA